AUGAUGGCGCUCUUCUCGGCGAUCAAGCCGACCACGUCGGACACGGUGCAGCUGAUCGCGACACCCGGCAGUCCAACUGGCGAGUUCACUCAGAUCUCCGGCGGGUUAGUCAAACCCUCGAGCAUCAUCGUUGCUGGCAUGGAUAUCACGGCGUGGCAGAUCGUGGAGGUGAACGUCCCUGCAGGCCCGCUCGGUAUCUUGCUCGAUGGAAGCUGCGCCGAUGCCGCGUUGCUGGACGACUUCGCUCCGGUGGCGCGUGAAGGCACUCCCGGCGCUGUGGAAGCGAGUGGCAAAGUUCCUCACGGCAGCGUACUGGUCGGGAUGGACAAGACGGACUUCAUGCAAGAGCCGAGGAAGACGCUCGCUGAGAUUGGCACCAUCCUGCGAGAAGCUGCGCACCUCAAACGACAACUGCGCUUCCGCGUGCCGCCGCAGAACUACCAAAAGAUGGCACUAAGCACUCCCCAGAGUCCUGAACAGGAUGACAAGGCUCAACUGCUUCUCGGUCCCACCAGUAGCUCAACAAGUCUCGUGGAAGGCAGUGACAACAAAAAGUCUGCUGGGGAGUGGUCAAGCUGGAUGUGGAGUGGCCUACGCGCUGCGACAGCCUUAGCUACGCCUCGCACAGCAACCCCGGAAGGUCAGACGACGUCGCCUACAGCUGAAUCAACUGCUGCAAUGCCGACCGUGCCUGCGGUGGCCAAGUCAACGGGUAGAUCUCCGUCGUUCGUGCGCGUGACAGGCAUGGAGGAUCGUGCGCUGGAGUCCGACACGCAUCCGUUCGUUCCAAGCGCAUCCGACAAAGUCGUGAGCGUGGAGGUUCCAGCAGGUUCGCUUGGUCUACACCUUGAUGGCUCGGUGGCGAAUCGUGCCGUGGUGUUGGGCUUCAUCCCUCUGCCUGACGGUUCUCGUGGUGCGCUGGAGAGGAACGGCAGCGUGCCUUCGGGUGCUGAGAUCGUGGAAAUCAACGGAGAAGACGUCUCACACGAGUCGCUGGCAGGCAUUCGAGAGCGCCUGGGCCGUCUGAGUAGCGAGCCUCGACGAUUGAGCUUCCGUCUACCACCCCCAGUGAAGCUGACAGUGCAGCCACCGCCAACUACUGCAACGCCAGCACCCGCACCGGUGUCGCGGUCACCAAGUCGCAGAAUCUCGGCUGUCAGCUUGCAGCGGAUGAGCCUGGCCUCGGCUUCCGAGCCCACGUACUCGGAAGACAUCGAGCUGCGUCGACGUCUGGAGCUGAAGCUGGUGAUGACCUACGACCGGAAGGAGCUCAAGUUCAAAGAGUGCUGGUUUGCAGUGCACGCCGACUGGAUGAACCGCUGGGCGCUGUUCGUGGGGAAGGGCGGCCCCUUGCCGGGUCCGAUCACGAACCACGAGCUGCUGCAGCCUGGCUGGGACACGGCCAGUGAAGACCCCAAUCGGGCGGCUUUUGUUCGGUCGGGACUUGAGAUCAUGAAGGACUUCCGGCUCGUGACGCCGAUGGUUUGGAGCCUGUUUGUCGCGCUGCACGGCGAAGGAGACGCCCCUCCCAUCGCAAGAUUCACGCUCGAUAUCAACUCGGAAGCGCCCGACAAUAUCAAUGAAGUGCUCCACGACGCCAAAGCGCAGGCAGGGGGCCUGACCAACAGCCUUCGCGAGAAGUGCCAAGUGCUCAACAAGUAA